AUGUCGUCGUGCGACGGCUUGUGCGGGGUGAAGGUGAUGUGUCGCUUCCGGCCGCUGAACGACGCGGAGACGAGCCGCGGGGAUAAAAGCAGCCCCAAAUUUAACGGUGACGACACUGUGGUGGUAGCGGGGAAGCCCUACGUUUUUGACAGAGUUCUGGCUCCGAACAGCGAGCAGGUCCAAGUUUACGAAAUGUGCGCCCGCCACAUUGUCAAAGAUGUGUUGGGAGGCUACAACGGAACCAUCUUUGCGUAUGGACAGACAUCGUCAGGAAAGACUCACACCAUGGAAGGGCAGCUUCACGACACUCGGCUGAUGGGAAUCAUUCCUCGCAUCGCCAGCGACAUUUUUGAGCACAUCUAUUCCAUGGACGAGAACCUGGAAUUCCACAUCAAGGUCUCCUACUUUGAAAUCUAUUUGGAUAAAAUCCGAGACUUGCUGGACGUGUCGAAAACCAACCUGGCUGUCCACGAGGACAAAAACAGGGUUCCAUUUGUCAAGGGAUGCACGGAGCGUUUUGUUUCCAGUCCAGAGGAGGUGAUGGACGUCAUCGACGAAGGCAAAGCCAAUCGCCAUGUGGCCGUAACAAACAUGAACGAACACAGCUCUCGCAGUCACAGCAUAUUCCUGAUCAAUAUCAAGCAGGAGAACGUGGAGACGGAGACCAAACUGUCAGGAAAACUUUACCUGGUGGACCUGGCGGGCAGCGAAAAGGUCAGCAAGACUGGAGCUGAGGGCGCCGUCCUGGACGAAGCCAAGAACAUCAACAAGUCUCUGUCCGCUCUAGGGAACGUCAUUGCCGCGCUUAGCGAGGGAACGAAAAGUCACGUACCCUAUCGAGACAGCAAAAUGACCCGAAUCCUGCAAGACUCUCUUGGAGGAAACUGCCGCACCACCAUCAUUAUCUGUUGCUCGCCAUCUGCUUACAACGAGGCGGAAACAAAGUCCACGCUCAUGUUUGGACAGAGGGCAAAGACCAUCAAGAACACCGUGUCGGUUAACCUGGAACUGACGGCCGAAGAAUGGAAGAAGAAGUAUGAGAAGGAGAAAGAGAAGACUCGCAGUCUCUGCGUCACCGUCCGGAAACUAGAGAGCGAGUUGAAACGCUGGAGAAAAGGUGAGUCAGUGCCCGUGGCGGAGCAGCACUCUAGCGGCAAAGGCGGCGACGCACAAACAGACGGCUCGGCGCCGACGGACGGCUUGGCGCCGCCCCCUCUUCCUCUCUCGGAAGAGGAGAAGACGCGAUACGAGACGCUCAUUGCCGACCUGUACCGGCGGCUCGACGAUAAGGAUGAGGAACUGGACCAUCAUAGUCAGAGGCUGGAGACUUUCGAGCGGCAGCUGAGCCAUCAGGAUGAGCUGUUGGCGGCAAAGCAUCAGGACUGCCAGCGUACACAGGAGGAAAUGUCCCGUCUGCGCAGGGACAACCAGGCGGCCAAAGAUGAAGUGAAGGAAGUGCUUCAGGCUUUGGAGGAACUUGCGCUCAACUAUGACCACAAGUGCCAGGAGGUGGAGAGCCAGAGGCACUGCAACCAACAAGUCAACGAGGAGCUUGCCCACAAAACUGUUAGUUUGGAGGAAGUCCAGCGGGAACUGGUGGCACUGCAGGACCUAAGCUGUCACCACAAGAAGAGAUCGGCCGACAUGCUGGCUCUCUUGCUGAAAGAUUUGGGCGACAUCGGCGGAGCUCUCGGAACUACCGAACUCAAAGCGGCUACCGAGACGAGUGGGACGGCGGAGGACGAGUUCACCGUGGCUCGUCUCUUCAUCACCAAGACCAAGUCGGAGGUGAAGGCGCUGGCGAGUCGCAGUAAACGGCAGGAGGCGGAGCUGGCGCAGAACUUCGCCAAGAUGGAAGCCGACGGCAGGGAGCUCAGCGCCGGACGUCUGGCAGUCUCGCAGCUGCAGCUGAAGUUGGCCUCCUUAACGAGUGACCUUCAGAAGAUGGAAGAAAGCAAACGACAGCUGGAGGAAAGUCAAGACACUCUCAUGGAAGAAGUGGCUAAACUUCAUGCUCGAGAUCAUUUACAGCAGCUGAACGUGUUGGACAAAGAGAAGAAACACAGGACGCAAUUGAAGGACGCCGCAGACACAAAGAAAACUUUGGAGGAGCAGAUGGAAAACCACAGAGAAGCCCACCAAAAGCAGCUGUCGCGCUUGCGGGACGAGAUCGAGCACCGGCGCAGAGACAACAAGCAACUCCGAGAUUUGAACGAGACCUUGCAGCUGGACGUCCGACAGCUACGAGCAGACUUGGACAUGUUGACGCGUGAGGCUUGCGACAGAGAGCAGAAGCUUCAAAAGCUCACCUCGCUGGAGGAAAAAAGACGGCAAGCCAAGGAGGACCUUCGGGGUCUAGAGGAGACAGUGCUUAAAGAACUGCAGACUCUCACCGAGCUGAGGAAAUUAUUCAUCCGGGACAUCGGUGCUCGUUUCAGCUGCCCGGAAGGUGACGGCGACGAGGGCGGAGGCAGCCUGGCCCAGAGGCAAAGGAUCGUCUUUCUGGAAAACACCUUGGAACAGCUCGGUAAAGUCCAUAAGCAGCUGGUAGGAGACAACGCCGACCUUCGCUGCGAGCUACCCAAGCUGGAGAAACGUCUUCGGGCAACGGCCGAGAGGGUGAAAUCUCUUGAAGAUUCCCUGAAGGCCGCCAAGGAAGCGGCGGCCAGAGACCGCAAGCGUUACCAACAGGAAGUGGAGCGUAUCAAAGAGGCGCUGCGCAUGAAGAAUAAGAGGGGGCACGCGGCUCAAAUAGCCAAACCCAUCCGAGCUGGACAUCAACGCCAACAGCGGGCCCUCUCCGUCCGAGGAGGCACCGCCGCCGCCGUCGGGCCUCGUCUUCAGUCGCUUUAUGCAGAAAGCCCUGUCGUGUGGGAGAGAAGCCAAGGGCCAACAGCUGCAGCCUGGGAUGUGCUGCCAGACUUCCUGCUCUUCAAGCCUAUCCGGUCAGGUCGGGGGACAAAGCACGCGGGUGUGGUGGUCCAGGGCAUCAGGACCUUAAUCGUUGCCCAGUCUUCUAUGGGGAUCAGCCCCGCUCAUGCAACAGCCCAUUUUGCACCACAUAGGGCAAAUUUGAACGGGCAACAUUUGGGGGCUUUUCUCCAUCAGGGACCAUCAUGCGUCGUCUCGUUCCAUUUCCUACGGCACGCCAAAAGUGAAGAAGCCGGAGACAAGCACAAUGCCAUCAUCGGCAGUGGGUGA